AUGGCGGGACGCUCGCCGGAGCCUGCCCCUCGUGGCGGUUUCCCCGCGCCGCUGUCACCACCACCCGCCAGCCGGGAAAGCUCGCGGGCCAGGCCGGGCGUCCGCGCCGCUCACGCGCGAAGCCCCACGCCGCAGACUGCUCCGAGCAGCAACCCCCUCGGCUCCGCCUCACGCCCGCCCCGCCCCCCACGGCCGCACCUGGGCCCCGCCCUACCGCCCCACCCCUCGCCUGCACACCUCGCCGCCUCUCUGAGUGACCUGCGCAUGCACCAGUCACAAAGCGGGUAUGGAAACUUUGGACUCAAUGGAAGAGCAGAAGAAGUCAGCACAGGAGAGGGCAGGUCCCAGAACAGUUCACCAGAUCUAGGUAACAAAAACCACUGGGAGUCUUCAGGACACCACUUGGAUGAGAAUCACAAAGUUGUUGCUGGAUCUUUCUGAGUCAUUCUACUUAAAAUCCACAUUUCACAGGAGGCACCUGAUUUGCUGUUUGGAGAUAUGAGUCUAACACUUUGCUAGCAGAGAGCAGAACACUCAGACUGGCUGUCUCACCAAGACUGCAGGCUCACGGGCCAGCUCCCAGCAGAAGGAGACUACAGACAAAAACAAAAACAGCUGUCUCCACAUGGCCUUGAAGGGAUGUUAUGAGGAUAAAUACAUGUGCAAUGCUUAGCACACAUGCUAUAUCAUAACAUUUGCUCAAUACACUUUAAACCUGACAUACACGUAUGUGAGUCUGCAUCCUCUGUGUUCUGAGAUAUGGGUAUCUGUGUAUGUGU